GUUGUAGCCCGUGUGUUGUGAGGGGAGGACGCGUCGCUCCCCGGCUCCUCGAGUACACGCUGCUCGCUUCACUCUCUCCCAAACAUCCUGUCAUUAUGAUAUUGAGAAAAAACACCAGUGAGCAGUGACCUAAUGUGGUGGUUGUGAUCAGAGUUUGUAAACCCGAUCUGCAACUCCAAGGAAUAAUAAUAUCAAUGAAUAGUGUGUCAUGGAAUUAAUAGAGUGGACAAAAGGUUUACUGUGUGACCCAGUCGAUAGACACCUGCCAGGAUAAAGCCGGAGACGACACCUGCUUCACCUGCACGCAGAGAUGGGCGUGGGGGUGCUGGAGGCGGUGCAGGAGGAGGAGGUGGCCACGCUGGAGGAGGCGCGACGCUCACUCGCGGAGCUGCGGGACAGGAACAAGGCCCAGUCACAUCUCCUCGUGGCUUGGAAGAGAAGGCUCAAGGAGCAGAACUUGUUGAUGUUACACCUUCAGCGGGAGCGAGACAGUCACCUGCGCACCAUCCAGGCCCAGUUGCUCCUGUUUGAGUCGCAGCUGCGCCGGAGACAGAAGGAGGUGGAGGCAUUACUGCAGCAAAAGGAUGCCACCAUUCAUCAGCAGCAACACAUCAUACUUUAUCUCUCCCGGGCCCUCAAUGCCAACCAGAAAGCACGACACGUACUUCAAACUUCUAACCAAAAUACAAAGGAACAGAUUAGCAAGAUACCCAGUGAUAAAGAAGCCCAAGACGACGAGAACACUCAAAAUAAAGAUAAUCAAACCUCAGGCUUGCUUAUUACCUCGACAAAGAGUGACCCAGAAAGCCUAAAUGAUAGUGAUAGCGCAAUCAUGCUUGAGGAUAACUUCGACUUCCCUGUGUUGAUACCAAUGGGUAAGGGAGAGGUUAAAGUUGUGCGAAGUGUUUCUGAUGCUGUGGAGGCAGCCAAUAGGUCAUCCUGCUCCACAGCCAUAUCUGCCGUAGGUACAUCGACAGCUUCAGUCAAUAGUGCCCUACUUGCGCCAGGUUUCAGCUCCGGUACUGGGCCGGGUUCGCUGUCCACAUCACCCUCUUGUUCUAGUGAAGAAAGCGAUGACAGCCCAGCGUGUACAUUGACCAAGGGCCGUGCAGAGCUCUUACGAACAGUUUAUAGCUUGGAAGAGGAGGAAAUCUGCCACGCACACCAAGAACACGACUCUUUAUUAGAGGACACAGUUUCACCGACUCCCUCUCUAGUGCCAUCCGUGACACCCUCCUUGCAGUCCAUCCUCAAAGUUACCUCACACUACGACUCAGAUGCCACGCUGAGCGACGGAGAGAGUGAGGAUGAGGAAGAGGAUAUUGUGCCACACUUCGAUGAUUCGGCCAGUGACAGAAGACGGCUGCUGGGAUCGUACGAAAAGCUUAACACUCUGGGCGCAGCUCCAAAGAAGGUUAAGGCUGAGGAAGAGAUCCAAGUGACAUACAACCGCGUCAUGAGCAACCACAGAUCUGUCACCAAACCCAAAGAUGUGAAAUAUCGACGUAUCAACAAGGCAAAGUCGAGGUCACUGGAGGAGCUGAGAGGGAAACUUAAAUAUUGGACUGACAGAGGAGGGAAACAGUCACUGUCUGUGGACCUGGACAACCACUCUUAUGCCUGAGGAAGGGUAGUGAGAGACCCCCCAAGGUCAAGGGUACAAGGACAAAGCUCCUAGGCCAGUGAACCUAGGCUCCUAGGUUCAACUGUCCUCGAGGAGCCCGGUUGGAGCGUCAGUGUUGAAGUGAAACAUAACUUUUGUGUAAAGAACAUUGCUCAGAAACUUUUAUGUUUACACAUGGACCAAAAAAAAAAUUGUAUCUGAACAAGUUUGUACAUAUGAAUUUUGUCCUAAGAUUCUUCAUAAACCUGAGUGACGCUCCAGUACACAGGCCACCGAGGCAUUAUGUUAAUGUAUUUAUAUUCCUAGUUUUGUGUAUAGUGACCCGCAUCACCUUGGUAAAGGUGGGACCACAGUACCAGUGACACCCUCAAUGUUACCAAUCCAGUGUUGGGAGGACAUCUGAUAACCCCCCCUCCCCCCCCCUCUCUCUCAGUUGUCACAACUACCGCUGAGAGCAUCUUCCGCGCCAAGUGUUGUCAUUCUGAUCAGCAUCAGUCAUGUGUGCUUAUCUCUGCCAUCCAUCACAUUGAAUCAUAUAAAGCAUCGAGUUCUAGACAUGGAAAAUAAGACAAAAUACAAAUACAAUUUUCACCCAGUAGAUAUUUUUGUAGUUUCAUAGACUCUGGGUGACUGCAGUAACAAUUGUCACAGGAACCUUUAUGUACAGUAUUGUGUAUAGUGUUGACCCAGAGUUGUGGAGUGUGCGAGCCACCUGGACGACUCCUCCGCCUCUACUAGUCUCCAAUGUUUAGUGAACAAGACAUUCCGCUCAGUGGUGUGUCUUAGAUGCAUCCUUAGCUCACUUGCUCUUUGCACUACACUUACUCUCUUCCAACACUUGUCACUACUUACAAUUUCAUCGUCAGCAGUUUGAUUGUUAUUAACUUUAAUCUUCUGUUGCAACCAGAUUCUUGAUAAAGUUUAUAUAAUAGAACACUGGAAGACCUCAGUGUAGGUCUCUGGCAGACCAUAAGACCGGUGACCACAAGACCAUCCCCGCCCAACACAAGACGAAACUACGACGUUGCUGCAACGUUCGAAAAGUUGUAACACCUAUAACAAGUUGUAACAACCAAUAUAGCAAGUUGUAACAACGUUCUAAUACGUCAUAAAAACGUUAUAAUAAGAUGUAACAACUUUAUUACAAGUUGUAACAAGCGGAAAAUAUGGCCAGCUUCGUUGUGUUUACAGGGCAGUGACCACAACAAACACACACACACACCCUACACACUCUGCAUAUUUAUAUUUAGUGGUGGGGUCUCGGCCCUCAACACACACGUGCAACCAUCGAAAUAUCCAAGACACUUCAACUAUUAAAUGUUUAGUUUAACAUGGAAAUAAUUCUAGAACUCUAUUCAUGCAACCCGUCCUCCUAAUAGAGCGUCGCAUUUUGACGUGUAUUCCAAGGCCAAAAAUCGUCGUACUAGAAAAUGGUAGCAGCUCAAGAAAUUGACAUACUAUCCCGUUUUCUGUUUUGGGUCCUCUGGUAGGCUAUGAUAAGGACACUUUAGUACGACAGUGACGUUUGGGAAACCUUAGGACCAACGGACUGAUUCAUGGGUUAACUUGUCUGCGGAUCUAAAGACAAUGCUACACAGUACCUGUGAAAGGAUGUUGACCAGACCACACACUAGAAGGUGAAGGGAGGACGACGUUUCGGUCCGUCCUGGACCAUUCUCAAGUCGAUUCAAAGGAAACCGUUUCAUGUCAAAGGAAACCGUUUCAUGUCAAAGGAAACCGUUUCCUGUCAAAGGAAACCGUUGCUAAAACAUUAUACCCAGUAAGGACUUUCACAAGAGUUUACCUAUUCCCAGCAGAUCUUCCAAAGGAUGUGACCAAAAGCAAGAAUCUGUGUAGCAAGAAUUGUAAUAAUCAUACCGUACAACUUUGGAAGCAAAAUAGCUUAGCUGUUCUGGGAGCAAGUUGGCUCGACAGCUUGGAGUCAGACUCACUAUAGUUUGAUCAGGUCCUCAUUCUCACAACUUCUCAUACACUCUACUGCUGCACUUUCCUCGUCUUCCUUUAGUCAUCUGCUGAGGUUGCUGAAGCUUUAAAUGUAUUUUUAAUCAUACAGUGGAGUCUUAAAUAUGUUCCUGUGAAUUUUCAUACUUAUGUAUGUAUUGUAUAUACAGUAUUUGAUAAUUGUGAUAUGUAUUGUAAUUAAAAGUAAUGACAAUU